GCUGUGAGUCAUGAAGUGUGUGUGGAACAACACGGAGCGGCUGGAGAGCCUCUACAUCUGCUACUGGAACGCCCACGGCUAUGUCUCGCUCGUUAUCUGCGUGUUCGGCAGCAUCACCAACAUCAUCAACAUUCUCAUCCUCACGAAGAAGUCGAUGCGCAACUCCAUCAACAGCAUCCUGACGGGAGUGGCCACGGCCGACCUGCUGACGAUGACGACGUACAUCCCCAUGGCCAUCCACUUCUACCUGAUGAACGACAUCACGCAGUCGGCCCAGAAGAACUCCUACAACUGGAUGAAGUUCCUCAUGUUCCACGCAUCAUUCUCCAUAGCCACGCACACCGUUUCAAUAUGGCUGGCCGUCAUCAUGGCCGUGAUGCGCUACAUCUUCGUCAGACCCACAGCGAGGGGAUCGAAAACGGUGACGAUUCGUUCCUCCGUCUACAUCAUCAUCGUCACAUACAUCGCCGCCGUCAUUCUCACCAUACCCAACGCUCUGUCGACAGAUAUGCACAAAGUCGAAGACCUGAACGAAACCUUGUGGAGAUUUUAUGCACCAGCUAUUGGGACAAACCAAACCGAUACCAUGGCUCUUCUCAACUUCUGGAUCUAUCCGGUUUUCGGCAAGAUUGUCCCCGUCGUAUUGAUUUCUAUAUUUGGAGGCUUACUGUUGCAGACGUUACGGGAAACGGACAAACGAGGCCAGCGACUAAAGGGAGACAACACAGCCGCACAUCGUCACAACCGACGUACAACAAUCAUGCUGCUCUCCAUCAUCUGCAUGUACAUCGUGUCGGAAGUCCCGCAGAGCAUUCUCAUCAUUCUCUGCGCAUGCGUGGAUGGCUUCUGGGGCGUCUACAUUGCUAUGGGUGAUAUUAUAGACACGGUAUCGCUCAUAAACAGUGCUAUCAAUUUCAUUAUGUACUGCACUAUGAGCACCCAGUUUCGGAACGAGCUGAUGGACUCCACCCGUCACCUGUGUCAGACUAUAACGGGAAGGUGUAGGAAACAAGGUUCAGGAAAGAACCUCCCUGUAACUCGAGUUUAGAGCUAGGUCUGUGGCAGCGAAUUUCUACAUUGUUGCCGCCAAGAGAUUGUAUACAUAUACAAACUUAAGUUUUGCAUUUACCAUAGUUUGACACCCAGUAACUGAUGUAUUUUUCGUGUUGGGGUGUCGUUAAACAUCUAUUCUAUUCUAUCUACAUAUACAAAUGAAGAGUCCAUGGGAAUAACCUGUUACACAUUUUUAGUAAGGUGGUAUUUUUUUUUAAUUUUAACGUUUACAACUCUGCAAUCGAGGAAUAUUUAUGCCUAAGAAAGCAUAAGUUACCAAUUACUUUUAAUGGCCUAAAGUUAGUGUCAUUAUGACUUUAACAUAUUCGACCGUUAUAAUACCGACUGUGUGUUUGGUCAUCAUAGGUUAUUCCCGUGGACCCUUUAUACACACACACAUAUAUAUAUAUAUAUACACACGCACACACGGACACACACACAUACAUAUAUACAUACAUGGUAUGGCUGAAGUGGCAGAUUGUGAUGGCAUAGACCACGUGUUUAACAGCGUCCUAAUAGAUCUAACCACCGGCUACUGGGUGUUACACAGAUACUUAUUGAAACACGUGUCUAGAGUAUUACUUAAUAUUAGACAUUAUGUUGUUGAAUGUGACGAACACGUUCAUCAUCUUACGUCCUGCUACAUAUUAUGCUAUAUUGUGUUUUAAGGCAUUCUGUAUAUUUGGGGGGUUUUAAGCUCGCUGUAAAAAUCAAGAUGGUGAUAAAUAUAGUCUUUUUUUUUUUCUUUUCUUUUUUUUUAAAUGUUAUUUAUGGAAAUAGCAAAAAUUUAAAUGUGUUUAAUAGUGAGAAGGUAACAGCAGUAUAGUCCCAAUAAAUGAAUAUGCUUGGAACCACAAGAACCUACAACACAAGUGUGUCUACUUUUCUAACAGUCGGGCAGAUCAAUGCUAUGUGCAUAAUGCCCGCUACGUAUUGUCUGUUAAUGCCUAUGUCAUUGUUAUAUUGUCUAGACAACUAUGUACAUCUAAUAGUUUGACUUAUUGUUUGCUCAUCGAUCCCUGUCGGUGGGCCCAUUGGGCUAUUUCUCGUUCCAGCCAGUGCACCACGACUGGUAUAUCAAAG